GAGACUGAGCCGGGGGACCCGGUGAGAAAUAGACAGAGAGGAGAGGAAGGGUUAUCGAGACAAGAAGCAGAGUGUGUGUGUCUGUGUGUAUGUGAACUUGGGUGGACGUGUGUGUUUUGAAGCAGCCAGUAAUUACCUUCCAGCAUCUGCACCAAUCAAGAGCUGUGGAGGGAGAGAGGUACAGAGUGAGCGAGUGCAUUUAGAUUUCACAGUCUAUUCCCAGGCAAAAAGACAUACACACACACAGCCCAUUUAUUUAAUCAGAGUCAGGGAGAAGGAACGGAAGUGUUUUCUUUGGGGGAGCACAGCUCAUCCUUUCUCCUGUUUACCGACUCCUGGUGGGUGAAGAAAGAUGGACAAGAUGAACCACAGCUCAGCUGAGGCAGAGCCUGAAACCAUAGAAGCGCUGCGUUACCUCAGCAAAGGGGAUGCAGCAGCUAUCGAGACAGAACUGUUUAGAGACUACAGGUUUGGACAACAGCAGCUGAUAGAGCUUUGGGGACAAGCAUGUGCUCUCGCCAUCACUAAGGCCUAUCCAUUGAGUGCUCUAUCAAAGAAGCAGCCAACAGUGCUGGUGAUCUGUGGUCCAGAUCAAAAUGGCUCCAUUGGCCUGGUGUGUGCCAGGUAUCUUCGCAUAUUCGAUUAUGAGCCCACAAUCUAUCACCCAAAACGUUCCUCUCACAGUCUGCACCAGGAUUUCACAAUUCAGUGUGAGAAGAUGGAUAUCCCUUUCCUCUCCUAUCUCCCUACAGAGGUGCAGCUUAUAAAUGAUGCCUACAACCUAGUGAUUGAUGCCAUGCUGGGCAUUGAGGAAGACUCAUCCAAUAUUAAAGAGCCAUAUUCUGGUAUCCUGGUCACCCUGAAGCAAAUCAAGAUUCCUAUUGUCAGUGUGGAUGUGCCCUCAGGUUGGGAUGCAGAUGAACCAAGUCAGGAUGGGAUAAACCCAGAAGUUCUCAUCUCACUCAUGGCACCAAAGAAGUGUGCACUAAACUUCUCCGGAAAGCAUUUCUUGGCUGGACGCUUCCUGCCCUAUGACAUUCAGAAAAAGUAUGAGCUUAAUCUCCCAGACUACGCUGGCACAGACUGUCUGCUGGAACUGUAACACAUGGAAACACAAGAGCUGGUAUAACCACUCUUCCCAUGGUUGCAUUUAUAGGUUGUUACAGUAAUUCAAUGUCAACAUCUCGGUUGUUUAGAUCGAAAUGCACAUAAGCCAAAUGUGUUGUUAAGCUUCUGUAAAAGGAUGAUACUUAGACCCAUGGCUUUGAGUCGUGUCUGUUAGGAAAUGGCAUGAGGAGUAUGUUGUUAGUCAAAGUGUAAAAGCUGUAGCAUUACACUGUUUUCUAAUUUCCAGAUUCAGCAAAGAAAAAAACAUUUUUUCUAUCAAACGUCACUGGAUUUUUGUUUUUUUAAAUCAGCUUUUAUGUUUUCAUAUACACCUUCUGAGGACCUUAUUCCCUGAGUGUGCUGCUAAAAUAGCGUGGUGUAGGUUGGCAUUUCAAAUAUAUAUAAUUGUGUUUUUUUGGGUUUUUUUUUUAUUUUGAAACUUGCCAUUACAUUCUUUUAGUCAUUGCAUUUGCUUUUACAAAAAGCUCAGAUAUUUCUUGUUGACCAAUAAAAAAGAAAAUGUCUCCAAUUUCA